AUUUUAUUUUUAGUGUAAUGUUGUAUAAUGGAAGGUUAUAGUUACCCGUACGCCUCUCCUUUUCCCCCCAUAUCCGAUGGAACUUACCCUGAUCAUGGCGACGGUUUUGGGGACUAUUAUGAAAUGGGACCAGAGCCAUCUAAAAGUAGCAAACGGCAGAGUCGUUCAAAACAUAAGUCAAAACGUGAUGCACGGCGGUCAAGAUCUCGCAGUAAGACCUCACUAUCUGACCGUUCCCAGUCACGGUCGAAGUCACGGUCGCGAACAAUAUCACGGUCACGGUCACGAUCACGUAGUCACAGUAGACCGCGAAGUCACCGCGAGUUGAAUAUGAAAACGCCAAGCUUUUUGGAUGAUUUUCGAGUUAUGUAUUUAAGACCUAGUAAGCAUAAAAAGAGCACAACCAAAUAUUUAGCAACCAAAAAGCGGCAAGAUAAAGUUCAAGAAAUAUUGAAAAGUGACGGCCUCGGCUCCAAGCGGUGGUUGUUCUACCCACGGUCAAGCGCCCGUGACGGUCACGGUAAAGUCACGAUCACGGACGAAGUGCCAGGACCACGCGACAACAUUGAUCAGCGAGUGAAAGUCGAUGGUCACUUUCUAAGGAAGUACAAAAAAAGCAAGCGGGUUGACAGGGAUGCACCGAUUGCUAAGUUAAAAAGAUGGGAGCUGAUUUUUUAUAAGAAACUAGGUUUUAUACACGCUGUGUAG